CUUCUAGUAUAGCUUUUCAUCUUGUUCUAUCUUCUACACUUGCUGCUUUUAUUUGCCUAUGUAAAUUCUCUAGUAUGAAGCCACUUAUGACUGUCUUGGUUAUUACGCUGACUAGCACGGCAUGUGCUGCACUUAAUCAGGAAACGCCUGUGUUUCUUGAAACCCGCGAACCUGUGCGCCGUCCUAAGCUAAGGCCAGGCAGGCCUAAUCGAUGGUAUCCAUGCAAGGAAGUAGGAGGACACUGUAGUUCCUCCAGCGAUUGCUGCGGUUCACUUCUAUGCAGCCGUUCUCAUUCUUGCUACGAAAGCCGAUUCUAGGCU